CGCCGUUGAUCUUUGCGAGGUGACAUCGCCGACAACAGCCGAAGAUAUCGCGAAGCUGUGCGAUGCCGUUCCUCCGGAUUUAGCGGACCUGAUUCGGAAGUACCCCGAGAUUUUCCUGGACGACCUGCCCGCUCGACUUCCGCCAAGCCGAUCAAAAGACCACCACAUCGAACUGGAACCAGCGCCCAACCGACGGUGCAGCGACAAUUUCGGCUCACCCAACCAGAAUUCGAAGAAUUGCAGCAGCAGCUGGAUUACCUCUUGACGAAAGGUUUUAUCCGGCCUAGCACAUCCCCAUACGCCGCCCCGAUACUUUUCAACCUGAAGAAGGAUGGAGGAUUCCGCAUGUGCAUCGACUACCGCGCACUCAAAAGGAUCACAAUCAAGUCGCGUUACCCGAUCCCGCGAGCUGACGACCUACUCGACCAACUUCGCGGAGCCGAUUACUUCUCAAAAAUCGACUUGCGAGGAGGUUACCACCAAAUUCGCGUCGCCGCCGAAGAUUGUCACAAAACUGCAUUUCGAACCCGCUACGGCAGCUACGAAUAUCUGGUGAUGCCCUUUGGCCUCACAAACGCGCCCUCAACCUUCCAGAUGACCAUGAACGGCGUUUUCAGGGAACUCCUAGAUAAAUGCGUUAUUAUCUACCUCGACGACAUACUAAUCUACAGCCGCAGCAGGGAGCAGCACUUACAGGAUCUUGAUGUAGUCUUCACGCUGCUGUACAAGAAUUGCCUCAUCACGAAAGGGUCUAAGUGCGACUUUCUUAAGCAGGAGUUGGAUUUUUUGGGCCACAUCCUUUCUACUGAAGGCGUAAAAAUCGACCCCAAGAAAAUCAAGACCAUACAGGAGUGGAAGCCGCCGGACCAACAUCAAAGAGCUACAGAGUUUCCUGGGAUUCGUCAACUAUGUCCACCGUUUAUCCCCAAUAUGGCUCGGUUAUCUGCCCCGCUAACCGAUCGACUAAAGGAUCACGAUUGUUAUUGUCAUCACCGACGCCAGCGACAUCGCCAUCGGUGCAGUUCUCCUACAAGAUUUCGGCGACGGAUUACAGCCGGUCGCCUACGAAUCACGGAAGCUGCAGGGCGCGGAAAAAAACUUACGGUACACGAAAAGGAAAUGCUGGCGAUCGUCCACGCGUUCAAGACCUGGCGAUGCUGCCUGACAGGUGCUGACGUAACCGUGCGGACCGACCACAAAUCCCUCGAGUACCUGCGAGCCCGACCGAAUCUCAACCCGCGACAGAUCCGAUGGCUCGAUUUCCUCGAGUCAAAUUUCCACUACACCAUCACCUACAAACGGGGCUCCAACAAUAUUGCCGAUGCCCUGACUCGACCUACUGCCCAUAUCGCCGCCAUACUCGUCGCCCAGACCAGCCCAUUACUUACCGGACUAUUUACCCACGGCUACAAGAUCGAUAAUUUCUUCCGCUCUGCUAUCCAUCAACAGCAUACCAUAGCCACCGGACCUUAUUUAAAUAAGUACGAUACUUCUCGCAUCUGGGUGCCCGGCUACGACUUACUUCGUACCCUGCUAAUCCAGGAAUCCCACGACAACCGUACCUCCGGUCAUUUCGGCGUCGACAAAACCAUAAAAACGCUGCAGCGGAAUUAUUACUGGCCGAACAUGGCCGAUGACGUGCGCAAGUACGUGUCCUCCUGCACGGCCUGCCAGAUAAUGAAAUCGUCGCAUCAGCGAGCAGCCGGACUACUACAGCCGCUGGAUCCGCCCGAGCGACCCUGGCAACACGUCACGAUAAACUACGUGACACGACUGCUAGUCGGUCCCAGCGGAAACGACGCCAUCCUCGUGGUCGUUGACCGACUCACGAAAAUGGCGCACUUCAUCGCCUGCCAACAGACCAUCACAGCUGAACAAACUGCGCAGCUGUUCAUCGCGAACGGCAUCCGAUUGCACAAACUGCCCUCCGCCAUCAUUUCAGACCGAGACCCGAAAUUCACAUUGAAUUUCUGGCGCCACCUGUGGGACCAAUUCGGCACCAAACUCCAGUUUUCCUCCGCCUACCACCCACAGACCGACGACAGACCGAACGAGUCAACCAAACCAUGGAGAAACUCAUUUGAACUACCUGUACUGAUCCACAGACAUGGGAGAAAUCCCUUCCGCUGCUGGAAUUCGCGUAUAAUAACGCGCCCUCUGCCACAACCCAUCAGUCCCCAUUUUUCCUCAACUACGGACAGGACCCAGUGGAGGUGGGGGUAGUGUAAGGAAUUUCCAUUCCUUA